AAGAAAUUACUUUGUUUUGUACUGUAAGAUCAUUUUCCCAGUGGAAUUCAGGAAGGUGGUCACUCUAAGUGGAUUGGGUUCAGUUAGCUUUGUGUGCUUGCAGCUAGAGAAGAGCAGUGAACACAUCCUCAGAGGAUUCCAGAUGUGUGCCCUUCUGGAGAGAACAUUUUGCCUCUGCUGGAGGGUGAAGGCAAGCUAUAAGGACGACUUGUGGAGAAAUGCAAGUACAGUACCCCUGCUAUGCUGGCUGAGGGCGAAGGCAUGGCUGGCCCCUCGCUGUGUGCUGCCACCGCAGCGGCCUCUCCGGACCGGCACAAGGUGCCCGGCUUUGGAGAGAGCAAAGCCACACACUGCUCCUUUUCAAUUGAGAGUAUACUGGGCCUGGAGCAGAAAAAAGAUGGCAUUCCAGCUGGGAAACCUCACAGACCCUGGAUGGAUGCAUGCACCAGCUUGGCUCUCCUUUUCUUGCUCUUUCUAGUUUUAGGUGAUGACAGUAAUCCCCAUCUGCAAAUCCCUGUUGUUUGCUAUGAAAAUCCAUUAUUUCAUGCUAGAAGUGAUCCAGUGCAAGAGGAAAACGUUUUGAAAUGUGAAAAAUAUUUUUCAGUCACUGAAAGGCUGUCUUUCAAACGAGAAUUGAGCUGGUACAGGGGUAGAAGACCAAGAACUGCAUUCACUAGAAACCAGAUUGAAGUCUUGGAAAACGUUUUUAAAAUGAACUCCUACCCUGGCAUUGAUAUUAGAGAAGAGUUAGCUCGCAAGUUAGAUUUAGAUGAAGACAGAAUCCAGAUCUGGUUUCAGAACCGUCGUGCAAAGCUGAAAAGAUCACACAGAGAAUCUCAGUUUCUAAUGGUGAAAAAUACUUUCACCUCCAGCCUGCUAGAGUAGAAGGAAGGAUGGCUUGCUGUUACAGUACUGCUACAGAAAAUGAAGAAUUAUUCAUAACCUGUAUUAAGUAAUGAUAUAGUAAUUAUGAUUUUAUGCCCAGAUUUGAAAGUUUAUUAUAAUUUUCAUUCAAAUAAACUGUAAAUACUUGAAGUAUUAUUCUAAUCUACUUUUUGUGGAAAAAGUGAACUUUUCCUAUAUAUAUUUGAGUAAGUAUUUUCAGAGAUUUUGAGAUAUUUUUGCAGUUUAAAACAAUGCAAACCCUAGGUUGCACACGAAUUUCAGCUACUAUGAAUUACUGCAGAUGACUUGACAAGCCUUAUGGUUUUAGAAGAAGUCUGUUUGAAGUCUGAAAUAAACUA